AUGGAUUCGCGAGUAGUAUACACACUAUUAGUAUUAAUACUGUCGUGCAUAAUUUACAAAGUUUAUCUUAUUGAAGUGAACCCAGAGGAAUUCUCAGUGGCGUCUUGCAGUCUGAGGAUUGACGCGAAUCCUUCAGCAUUAUUUGGCUUUGUCACUCAAACAGCCGUCCUGGAAAAGCUGGCGCCCUGGCUAACGAGACUCGCGGACGCCGAUGCCAGAAAUGUCGGAGUCGGAAAAUUCUACCGGGCUUUUUCAAAGCUCAUCCUCGUAGCUUGUAAUCACAAUAAAAAUAAAGAUAAAAAUAUAUUUUCAGACGAGGGUAAAAUUCAUCUGAUGAUCACAGAAUACAAAGCAGGAAAAUAUUUAGCUCUCGAAACGGAAGAUCAGUUUUAUAGACAACGGAUUGAAAUAAAAACAAAAUUUUAUCACGAUCGAACUAUUCUUUCGACUACAGUGUACUCACGUAAAACUUCUCUACUCUUUCAUAGCACUGUCGGACAAGUACUGCGGUGGCAAGUUCAAAAACAUCUCGACAAAUCACUCAAACAUGUAUCAAUUAUUUACAAGUCUCUCCAGAAUGAACUACAAAUUUAUUCUGUGAGCUUCUGUGUAUUUUUAUAA